AUGGCGCCUCGGGAGUUAAACCACCGCGAGUCAACAGGUGGUCCCAAUCAUGAGGCGUGUGCUCGUAAGUAUGCAGAGGAUCUGUUCGGUGAGCUCUUCAAUGAGGCUCACUCCUUCUCCUUUCGGGUCAACUCCCUGCAGGAGCGAGUUGACCGGCUCUCCAUCAGUGUCACACAGCUGGAUCCCAAAGAGGAGGAAUUGUCUCUUCAAGACAUUACCAUGAGGAAGGCCUUCAGGAGCUCCACCAUCCAGGACCAGCAGCUGUUUGACCGGCAGACGCUGCCCAUCCCACUGCAGGAGACCUUCCAGACCUGCGAGCAGCCGCCUCCUCUCAACAUCCUCACACCCUACAGGGACGAUGGAAAGGAGGGCCUUAAGUUCUACACUAACCCCUCCUACUUCUUUGACUUGUGGAGGGAGAAGAUGUUACAGGACACAGAGGACAAGAGGAAGGAGAGGAGGAAACAAAAGUUGCAGGACUCCCGCAUGUAUGAUCAGGUCUAUAGGUACUUAGACCUCCCAGGGCAGCUGAAGGCCAUAGACCGCCCUCAGGAGCCGGAGAAGGUACCGCGGGUGCCCCACGACCGCAAGAAAGAGUGGCAGAAGCUAGCCCUGGGGGCCGAGCUAGCCCAGGACGAACCCGAGGAGAGGCAGAGAGAGGCGAACGGCUCAGCCGCCUACCACGACAGCAGGGCGGCGCUGUACGUGGAUAAUUUGGAUGGGCCCUUCUCGCUGGCGGCGCUGCCCUACAGCCAGAUGAACGAGCUGCUGAACCGCACCGGGGAUAGGAUGUACUCCAGACCGCACGACCCCCCACCACCCCCGCCCUCUAUGCACCCGCUCGGAGAGAUCAAACCACCCUCCAUGAUCAGCUCCAGUUCGGGUUUUUCCGACAGCAGGCCUCAAUCUCCCGCCCGGACCGCAGGCCACAACUCCGGCACCCCUCCGCCCCCACCUCCCCCGCUCCCCCCUCCACCACCCCCCUUGCCCUCCACUGGCACAGGCCUGCGGGGCACUCCGCCUCCCCCCAUCCCUCCCCUACCAAUCCAGCAGCACCCCCCGGCCAUCCCGCCUCCGCCGGCCCCUCUCCAGAUUGCCCCAGGGGUCCUCCAUCCUGCUCCUCCGCCCGUGGCCCCGCCCCUCCACUCCUCCUCCCCAGCACGCCUCCAACAGGUCCUGGACAAGGGCCCGCCUCUGGUCUCCUCAGCCCACCUGGACGGCUCAGUCCUGCCCCCACCCCCCCCUCCUCCACCACUGCCCCUUGCCGGGGCACGGAGCUCCUCCCCUCUCCCACCAGGCCCACCCCCUAUCCCGUCUUUCCCGUCAGCAGCAGCCAUGGCCUCCCCGCCGCACCACGCCAUUGCCCACGAAGCAGCGACCAAGAGGCACCAUCCUGCCAACCUUCCACCCAUCAGCGACGCACGCAGCGUCUUGCUGGAAGCUAUUCGAAAAGGCAUCCAGCUGCGGAAGGUGGAGGAGCAGCGGGAGCAGGAGGCUAAGCAUGAGCGGGUGGGCAACGACGUGGCCACCAUCCUGUCGCGUCGCAUCGCUGUCGAAUACUCCGACUCCGAGGACGAGUCGGAGUUCGACGAAGGAGACUGGAUGGAGUGAUGGAGUGUCGUCGGAAAGAGAGAUGUGGGGGGUGAAGUGGAGGGGUUGUAGGAUGGUGAGAGACACCAGACUUGUGGCUCCACCUAUGUACCCUGUGGUCCCGAACCCUUUACCAUCAGAACAUCCCUCCAAGAAGAGCCCCCGUGUUCUAGGAAUAGAAAGGAGUCCCUUUUUAUCUACCACCCUCUGUCCCUCUUUCACCCCCUCCUUCUCGCUCUCUCCCUCCCUCGGCCUCCUUCUCCAUCUGGUGUUCUUCACUAUGGUUUGUGUUUGGGGCGAAUCCUUGCGUCCAUCUUGUAUUCCAAGAGAAGUUUUUUGUAUUCAUCCUUCAACCUUGUUCCUGCCGGGUUUCUUUUAUUACGAAAUCCUUCUUGUGUACGACUGUGUGACAUGAAAAUAACCAAACUUUCUUUUUUAAAGCACCACUUUUUAGUUCUCAUCUGUACGUUGAUGUUGUUUGUUAAUGUUAAAAUGUAAAAAAAAAAAAGGUGGCACGUUGUAUCACUCUUCAGAUCUCCUUUACAAUUUUGCCACCUAGUGGUUGAAAGUGGUAUCGAAUGAAUGCCGUUUUAUUAAACUGUCUUUUAAGUUACUUCCUUUUCUAAUGCAACAUUUGCAGUUUUAAUGGGCCAGUGGUUGCAAACAGAAACCACUUCAAGGGCAGCUGCCUGUCAUGCCCGUCGGCGGUCAGUUCGUGUUGCUGAGCGGUUUUUAGCUCCGACAUCAGGACUUAUUUUAUUAGUACGAAACAAGCAAAAGAUUGUGAUGAUAUAUGUGACGAUUGUUGUGUGACUGUGGCGAAAAUGAAGGCGGGGAAAUAAAUGGAUUUUUUUGGUCAAGUAUGCGCAUAUCUACCAGUCUAAAGUGACCUGCGGCCCAUGGGAAACAUGAUGCCAAGAGACUGAUCCGGACCGGCUGAGGUUUUGUGAGUCCCUGUGGUGGCUCUGAGACUCAGUUUGACAUCGGGAGCACCCCCCCCCCCCUUAGGCCUCAGAAGGGCUCAGAUGGGCACCAUACCUCACACGCCGGUCAGUCUUUCUGAAGUACUAACGCUGAGAGAAAAGGCCACGAGUGUGUGCAUGUGUGUGUGCGCAAAGGAGGAUGGCUACAGUCUUGAGGUUUGAACACACCCGUUCAACGCUGACAGGGUCACGAUGCAAAGUGUCUGCCGGACGCCAGCGACGAACCACUCGACUCUACCGAAGGCAGCUUACCCCUCAGACCCCGGUCUGCUCAGCUUCUGUCCAACAGCGAGACGCCUUACCUUGUUGGGAUUCGGAGCAGAAACACUUACUCAGAACAGAAGAAGAGGAAAAAGAAAAAAAGAACUUGAGGUCCAAUAGCCAGAACCACUCACAAUGCCUUCCUUAGGGCUCAUUUUUGAAGUUGUCUGCCGUCCUUUUCUUUUCUUUGCUCCUUCUUUUCUUCUACUUGCCUUAUUGUGCGUGCAAAACGUAUUGUUGAGUUUGAUGAAUGUAUCGUGCUGUUACUACUUAACUUGCCUGCGCUUGUAUGGAUUAGCUGUUUCUAUGUCCGGGGGGGAAAUGGGGGAAGGGAAAGCGAAGCCCUGGAUUUAAGAAAUAAAAACAUGAAGAAAAACGGAGGAAAAAAAACACAUCAAUACUGUAUCCCAUGUAAGUUAUGUAACUGUUGGCUGUAACAGUUUGCUUGAAUUAAUAAAAUUUAAUGUUAU